GAAGGAAUCUUCGAAGAACUUUCAGCUCUUCCUCCCGAAUUUAUCCGUUCCCCUGUCGUAGAGGGGCAGGAUUGGAGCAACGUAGAGGGGACACGGUCAACAAUGAGCAGCGUAAAGAGGUUGCUUCGAGAUUUCCGAGGGACCGGGGUGACUUUCCUGAUUCCUUCGUCGGAUCAGAGACCGUGGUCUCCCCCGCUCGGCUAUCAAUGCGUCUACGAGUCCUAUUUUCAGAAGGACACUAGGCUGUGGUUCCCGAUUCCCAGGUUAGUGACUUCGUACGCGAGACGUCGGGACGCAGCAAUAAGUCAGUUUCUGAACGGAUCGUACCGACUAGCCGUAGCGCUGAUGGUCAUGGCUGCUGAGAACGACGUGUCGUUAAGUGUUCGGGCCUUCGAGGAGCUGACAUCCGUUCAAACGAUGAACGAUGGACUUUGGGUCACCAAGAUGCGCCCAAGUUAUAACGUUGUCACUGGGUAUCCGAGUAAGACGAAUGACUGGCAGCGGUAUUAUUUUUACAUUAGGGCGAACGAGUCGGCCUUUGAGGAUCCUCCUGGUGACGACUAUCGGGUCUUAUGGAACCCUGAUAUCGUUGAUCAUCCGACAUCGUCCGCGUAUCCGGAGGAUUUUAUUGCAAGCGCUCGGAAGGUUGCCUUGCUUCAUCAGGAGUAUUGGAAUACGAUUACUCGGGAGAGGAUUCGCCGGAACAUCGACAGAAUAUCGAGAAGGGAUUGGGAUUCGAGCAUUCCCUUAGUUGGCGUCCCUGGUAAGAGACGCCUUUCGCUUUUCGUUCCGCGUAUUCAGAAGCUAAUCAACAACGCUAGGAAGAUGAGGCCUCAGCCGAACUUGAGUGAGUUGAUAAGGGCUCAGCUAAAUCUCCCGAGAGCCGAUCCUCCGCGCCGUGUGUCGGCGCCUGUUGCCGAGAGUCCCCCGCUAGCUGUCUCGAGGGACGGAUCUCCGGUUCUUGUUGAAGACCUUCCGACUGAGGAUCCAACUGUGGACGUUCAGCAAGUCGUGGAGGCUUCCGAGGACGCUCCGGUGAUAGCUCCCAGUCCUUCAAAGAAAAAAAAGAAAAAGAGGUCCCGGCGCGAUUCUUCGGCUGAAGUGGAUCAGGAGGAGGAGUCUGUCGGUUGUCCAGAUGCUGGGGGUCCUCCUAAGAAGAAGAAGAAGAAGGGAGCUAAAGCCGGCGAAGGACCACUUUUGCAGGAAAAGACUGGUCCUCAGGAAGGUGAUGGUGGGGAUGCGGCUGGCGAUUCCACGGGGGAGACGGGACGUUCUUCCCCCGAAGCUCAGUUGCAGUUGAACAGGAAGAGGAAAGAGACGGGUCCCAGCGAGGGGGUCGUCCAAAGCGAGGAUCCGCCGGCUCCCGUCCUUACGACGGCUCCGAGUCAGCCGUCGACUUCUAAGCCUCCGGCUGGACGAAGUUCCGCCCCUAGGAGAGGUCCUCCCGAGUUCCCGGAUAAGGUGUCUUUUGAGUAUGACGGGACGACUCCCCUUAUCUACGCUCCGGGCAAGUGCGCGGAGCUGAUGAGUCAGAUUAACGGUGGUCCCCGGCCAUUGCUCUUGAACGAUCUUAUCUUCAAGAAGGAGUAUACUGACGCUGCUCAAGCCAAGCUUCGGGUAAGGAUUCUUCUUGUCUUUUGGUUACAGUUGGAAAUAUUUUCGUGGAGGUGUUAA